GUUAACAGUGGAUUGAACCUGUUUAGUAAAUGGAGCUCAAGGCAAUGACCAAUUGUGCCAGCCCAGUGAACCCAGCUGUGUUCCCCCACCUGAAAGUGGUACUUCUCGCCAUUGGCACGUUCUUCACCGCAUGGUUCUUUGUUCAUAGGUGAGCGACAUCAACUAAACACACAUGCGACCUCUGCGCAGAAUUAACUGCUCGUUGUUCCUCAUUUUCAUGGGGUUUUGGAGUCCUGCUCCUUCAACUUUGGGUUGGAAGUUUUGUAUGA